UUAUUUGGAAUAUGUUUCGGAUACUGAGAUGUUUGUUGAUUUGUUCGAUAGCGGUCAGCAUAGUCAAUAUUAGGGUGUUCACGACGGCCAAGUCGACGGUGGCCAUGUCGUUCAGCGCUUUCGGCGUCGUCCCCGAUGUCAUCCCGGUGGCUCCAAAGGCUUUUGCUACCGUAAAGUAUCCUAGCGGAGCGGUCGUAUGUGAAGGCAAUGUGCUCUCUCCCAUUAAAGUCCAGAACAUCCCGCAAGUCAGCUGGAAAGCCAGCCCCGACAAAUACUACACCGUCGCCAUGACUGACCCCGACGUGCCCUCCCGCAAGGUGCCUAAGCUCGGCGAAAUAAAGCACUGGCUGGUCGGCAACGUGCCAGGCGACAAGGUGGCCGCUGGCGAAACGCUGGCCCCAUACAUCGGCCCCACGCCUCCGCCGGGUACCGGCCGUCACCGCUACGUGAUCCUAGUGUACCAACAACUUGGAAAGCUAAACUUCGAUGAGUCCAGACUCAUGUAA